GUUUAGCAGUGAUCCGGAGAGCACGUGACAGUGAGAGUCAGCGUGAAAGCUAGAUCACGUGAUCGGCGAUCCCUCUCCUCUCACGAGUGACGAGUUACGACGAAGCAUUUCAUUCGAUUUAAUUUUCCAAAAUCCCCAAAUCUCCAUUGAUUUUCAUCUUUCAGAUCCUUCCUUCAUUGUUUGUUCCCAAAAAUGGCGACGAGGAAUCGCACUCUCCUCUUCAGAAAGUACCGUGACGCAUUGAAGAGCGUUCGCGCUCCUUCCUCCUCUUCCCUCCCCUCCACCUCCUCCGCCGGUGGCAGAGGGGGUGCCGCCGGACCCGUCAUCGAAUUGGUCAGCUCGUCGCUCCUCAACCCUAAUCGUUCUUACGCCCCUCUAAGCACCGACGAUCCCGGUAGCUCAAGUAAGGAUCUAAAUCUGGUAACAGUUGGAUUACCGCCAGCAUGGGUGGAUGUGUCUGAAGAAAUAUCAGCAAAUGUGCAGCGCGCCAGAACAAAAAUGGCAGAGUUGGCCAAGGCUCAUGCAAAGGCUUUAAUGCCAUCAUUUGGUGACGGUAAGGAAGAACAACGUGCUAUCGAGUCCCUAACAUAUGAGAUAACUGACUUGAUAAAGAGAUCAGAGAAGAGACUGCAGAGACUUUCUGCUGGUGGGCCAUCUGAGGAUUCCAACGUGAGGAAGAAUGUGCAGCGUUCUCUUGCUACCGACCUUCAGAACUUGUCUGUAGAGCUCCGCAAGAAACAAUCAACAUAUUUGAAGCGCCUAAGGCAACAAAAGGAGGGUCCAGACGGGGUUGAUUUAGAGAUCAACAUGAAUGGAAGUAAAUCCACAUAUGAAGAUGAUGACCUGGAUAAUAUGAUAUUUAAUGAACAUCAAAUGGCCAAGCUGAAGAAAACUGAAGCAUUCACAGUGGAAAGAGAAAAAGAAAUUCAGCAGGUUGUAGAAUCUGUAAACGAGCUUGCUCAAAUUAUGAAGGAUUUAUCAGUCCUAGUCAUUGACCAGGGUACGAUUGUUGAUAGAAUAGACUACAACAUUCAGAAUGUAGCCACUACAGUUGAAGAUGGCCUUAAACAGCUUCAGAAGGCAGAGAGAAACCAGAAAAAGGGGGGCAUGGUGAUGUGUGCGACGGUGCUGCUCAUCAUGUGCCUUGUUAUGUUGGUUCUAUUAAUCCUUAAGGAAAUUAUCUUGUGAUCGAUAGCGGUAUUUAAUAUUAUUUCAAUAUUGUGGUCACCUUUCAUGGGUACGACCUUUCUACUGAUUCUACCUAUUACUAGCUUGGAUGUAGUUAGUAAUGCAGCUUGUCUUAAGAGAGGACCAAGGAGUUUCAAAGUAGCUAAGGCACGUGUUCUGGAUGAAGAGAUCUGAAAUUGAUUCUUUUGCAACUUGUUAAGCCAGAUUGGAGACAACGGUGGAGGUGUGUUAAGAGGCUUUUAAGUAAUUAGAUAUUUGUGUGAUACAAUAGGAAAAGGAUACAUAUGUAGCAGAAAAUGUAUAGUGUAGCAAAAUGAUCUUCUACUGAACAUUCUUUUGCCUCCGGCAGCGGGUGCCGAGUUCCUUCUCAUGCAUUUUUUUUUCAUA